UGCCAACUUCAUUCAGAAAAAGAAACAUAUUUUUUCUGAUGUUGAAGACACAACUAAACUCAGUCGCAAAAUACACAGAGUAAAGGGGAAAAUGGAGUCGAUAGUGAAUUACGAGAGCGACGAUGGAAACUUAAAAAUAACAAACAAAUCUUCUACAAAGAAUUCAGCCCAUAUUGAAGAAAAAAGACGCUGUUUGAGUGAUGAUGAUUCUAGUGACGAUUCGAGCUCACCUCGUGAGCAAAAUCGAAAAGACUUGAAAGAGGAUGUCAAUAGAUCUGCAAGCCGAUAUUCACCAUCACCGCGCAAAUCAUCACAUAAAUCUUCUAGAAGGGACAAACAUAAAUCGCAUGAAAGAGGAUCUGAUAGACGUCGUCGAAGCUCAUCCAAAGACAGUGAUAGACACGAGAGAAAGAAGAUGAAAGAUCGAGAUGACAAGAAGAAAUAUCGAGAAAAACGGCGUGACCGAAGCGAUUCCCGUGACAGAGGCGAACAAUCUGGCAGAAGUAGUGAACGGCGCAAAGAACGGCAUGAUGACCACAGGAGGUCCAACAAGUAUGAAAGAGAAGGCGAACGUCGAUUCGAUGACAAAAGAGAUUACAAUCAAAGGCGUGAAGAACCAACGCACCGAAACAACAGCCGCAGUUUAAAUGAUGCUCGAUCUAACUCGACAUUGUCAAAUAGUUCAAGUGCCAAGAGAAGAGCAGAGGCACUUAAUAGAACGAUAGAAAGGCGUGCCAAUGAAAAGGUACAACAGCUUCAGAAAUUGGGCAUAGAAAUUCCCGGCAUAAUGAAACCAAUAGAAAUUCCCGGCAUAAUGCACCAGCAGCAACAGCAACUACAUUUUAAGUCUCAGAGUCAACCUUCUUCGAUGCAGCUUAAGCCGCUAAUAUCGAGCGGAACAUCCCAAAUAAAUUCAACAACUAGUACACCUGUUGAUGAAACAGCAGCUGAAAAUGACACCAAUCUCACAUUGAAUCUAUCAAAUUUUACAAGUUCGGUCCUAACUAAUGCACGAUACACCGAACAAAUGCAGAAGAAAAAAUUAAUUUGGGGUGCAAAAAAGACAACAACUGAAACAGCAACUACCAACAAUAAAUGGGAAGCAGCAAAGUUUUCUCAGGAUUCAGAUGGAAAAGUGGCAUCGAAAUUUUUGCGGUUAAUGGGAAUGAAAAAUGCACCUGUGACGGCGACAACAGAUCAUGAUGGUGUGGAAAAACGGGAGCAAAUGUUUUCCUCAAUGGAACAACAAUAUGAAAUUGCAAGACAAGCUACUCACACAAUGCGCGGAAUGGGUCUUGGAUUUGGAUCUCAAUCACGACCUUGCUAAAAUCUCGACAAAUAUUAAAAUAUUUACAUUGUCUUAAUGUUAAUAAAUAAUUAGUAAAUUUCGAAA